GCAUUUCCCUCCUAUAAAUACGUACGUUAUGCGUUCAAGGUCUCUUCAGUUCUCCAAAGACCAUCAGUCUUCUCUCUGAUAUUCUGUAAUAUUCUCCAUUUCCCCGUUUCCUGCCUCUGAUCGAUCUGCAACUUCAACCAAAUACUUUGCAGCCAUGAAGAAAGUGAUCGUGAAGGUGCACUUGCAUGAUGAAAAAAUGAGGCAAAAGGGCAUGAAGGCAGUCUCUGGUCUUCCAGGUGUGGAAUCAAUCUCCAUGGACUCGAAGGACCAGAAAUUGACCGUGAUCGGGGACGUCGAUCCGGUUGAUGUAGUCAACAAGAUGAGGAAGCUCUGCUCCACGGAAAUAGUAUCUGUUGGACCAGCAAAAGAGGAGAAGAAGAAGGAAGAGCCUAAGAAAGAAGAGCCAAAGAAGGAUGAUCAGAAAAAGAAGGAAGAUGAACUUCUGAAGGCCAUCCAAGCCUACCAAGCCUACAAUUAUCCUCACAUGACCCAACCUUACUUUGUCAGAAGCGCAGAAGAGGAUCCGAAUGCUUGUGUUAUUUGCUGAUCAUUCCUAGAUCUUGGAAAAAUUAGAUUGAAACAUAAAUAAAAGAAACAAAAAAAGAUAAUUGUUUGAUAAUGAAUUUAAAUCUUUUUUUGUUACAUGUUGAGCAAGACGGCAUCACCGGGAGAGGCCUUAUGUACAGGUGAUUGUAUUAAUGGUUUAUUUUUGUUUGGAAUGUUACGGCAGUGGUGAGCUUUCAGUAAUUUUGAGCUGUUUUUUUUUUUUUUAACCCCCUUCCAUCUGGAUGUCACUAUUAUAUAAAGAUAUAUUAAAGCCACAAUUUCUGUUA